CGAAAUGCGACUCUGAGACUAUCCCAUUCAGAUAUAGUUACCCCCCUCCAUCCCCAAGUAAAACCAGUGUAAACGAGAAAAUGAAAGGAGGAAUAGAGCUGGUUUUCAUCCCGGCCCCUGGAAUGGGCCACCUUCUCUCCGCCAUCGAAAUGGCCAAGCUCCUCCUUCAGAAACGCCGCCCCGAUGAUCUCUCUAUCUCUGUAUUGCUCAUGAAACCUCCCUUCGGUUCCAAGCUUAGCUCCUACAUCGAAUCUCUUCUUUCAGCCAACGCCGAAUCGUUAUCCGGAUUGAAGUUCGUGCUUCUCUCUGCUAUGACGGGGACGGAUAACACUAAAAGGACCCCCUUUUUCAGCUCCUUAAUCGAAUCUCACAAGCAAAGCGCGAGUGAAAUUGUCCGCGGAAUCCAGACCCAGACGGCUUCCGGCGGCACAAGGCUCGCCGGAAUUGUUGUAGACAUGUUCUGUGUGGGAAUGAUGGACGUGGCCGACGAGUUUGGGAUUCCGGCGUACGUAUUCUACACUUCCGGGGCCGGAAUGCUCGGACUUCAUCUCCAUCUUCAGAGUCUCAGAGACGACCAUGGAAAAGACGUCACCGAGUUCAAGGAGUCGGACCCAGAUCUGGAAAUCCCGACUUAUUCUAAACCUUUCCCUGUAAAGCUUCUACCAGCUGUUGCGCUGGACAAGAGCGGCGGCGGCGCAGACUCGUUUUCGGAUUUUGCAAAGAGAAUCCGGAAGGCGAAGGGCAUAUUGGUAAACACGUUCCUUGAGCUUGAACUGCACGCAAUUGAAUUUCUGCGCCGAGAAGAAGGGAGGAUCCCACCCGUGUACCCAGUGGGACCCGUACUCAACCUGCAAGGCGAAAAGAACGGAGAUCCCGGCGAAGAAAUCUUGAAAUGGCUUAACAGCCAACCGGAUUCUUCGGUGGUGUUCCUCUGCUUCGGAAGCGGCGGCAGUUUCCCGGAGCCUCAAGUGAAGGAGAUCGCCCACGCGCUCGAGCGCGGCGGCCAGAGGUUCCUGUGGGCCCUGAGGAAGCCGCCGCCACAAGGAGCCUUCUACCCCACCGACCUCAACAACCCGGAGGACGUGCUGCCGGAAGGUUUCUUGGAAAGGACGAAAGACAUCGGAAAAGUGAUCGGGUGGGCGCCGCAAGCCGCCGUGCUAGCCCACCCCGCCGUGGGGGGCUUCGUGUCGCACUGCGGAUGGAAUUCGACACUCGAGAGCGUUUGGUUCGGGGUUCCCAUGGCGACUUGGCCUAUUUACGCAGAGCAGCAGGCGAAUGCUUUCCAGUUGGUGACGGAUAUCGGGAUGGGAGUGGAUCUUAAGUCGGAUUACAAAAAACCAAUUGGUUCUGAAAAAGUUCCCGAGACGGUGGAAGCAGAGGUGAUAGAAGCCAAAAUUAGAAAGCUGAUGGACCCUUCAGCUGCUAGGAAGAAGGCAAAAGAACUUAAAGAAAAAAGUAGAGAGGCGGUGGAGGAGGGUGGCUCGUCCUUCAACUUUCUUGAGGCUUUCUUCCAUGAAGUCUUUAACAACUACUAACCUGCCUCACUCGCUGUGAUACAUCCUCUCAAAUACAUUGUCAGAUCGGGGCGUGAAAGAUCUUGGGAUUCAAGUUUCUCCGUGUUUUUUUUUUCCAUUAAUUUCCAAUAAUGUUAAACUUUGUUAGGUUUGUCUAUAAAAAGGAAGAUACGGAUAAGGGAGUCUCAAUUUAUUUAGAGCCCGUUUGGUAGCACGAAAAUCGGCUGUUUUGGCUGUUUCUGCUGAAAUUUAUGAAGUUCUGGCUGAAGUGGCUGUUUUGGCUGA